AGAGGAAUAAUAAAUAGUAUAUACACUGGGAAUCUCUGAUAUAUAUGAUGUACCAAAGCCAGAGUUCAUGUCUUGGUCGAUUCAUUGAAAUAUACUAUCAACCUUACCAAUAGAUGGUAACACUGAUAGAACCGUGAUAUCAUUUUUAUCUGUCGUACAAAUUUUCUAUCGUGUAUAUAGUUGUUGGAGUUUUGUAAUUUCGUUAUGAUUAUUAAACAGAGAUUGAAAUAUGUGGGCGUUCCUGAAAUGAUAACUUCUCGAUUAUGCACGUAGAUUAUUGUGCGAACGUGAGCCAAUAGUGAAGAUAAUUUUCCAGAGAGUUCAGAGAGGUGUUAGUGUUUAGAGUAGUGCUCGUAAAAUACACAGCAGCAUUAGCUAUCUGUGCUGCUCGGUUUUCAAUGACGCUUUUUUUUCUUCCAAAUGUCAUUCAGUUUUCGUGAUUUACUUAACGAUCGUCUCCACAAAUAUAUCAGUAUAAUUUCAUGGAAUAAAUACAGAAUCGGCAAGUUAAAAGAUUCUUCGAGAAUAAUACAGUUCUCAAAUAGUGAAUCGGGUGUGUGAAAUUUUUCCAAUUAUAUCUCGACACCUGGAUAGUCGUAUUUCAUCUUUUUGAAUGAUCGGAACCCCUAUAAUUAUUAUUAAAAACCGCUGACAAAGAUGAAGACUUCGAAAUGCUGUAACGCCUGAACACGUCAUAAUUGAACGAUAUCCGGAGGCGGAGGUUCGGAGAACCCAGGGUGGGGCCUGGUGGGAAAUCUUCCGGGGGGGUUUGAAAAAAACAAUACACCCUCAUUGGAAUUGAACAUGUUGAGUUAAGCAGAAAAAUAAGAAAAAAAAAAACAUUUUCAUAAUUACAACAGAUAAAAAAAAUACUGCAAAAAUGGCCAGACCAAUAGUUCCGAGCCAACAAAAAUUAGCAGAAAAGCUAACAAUUCUCAAUGAUCGUGGUAUUGGCAUGUUGACACGCAUAUACAACAUAAAAAAAGCAUGCGGAGAUGCCAAGUCAAAACCUGGCUUUUUGUCCGACAAAACACUUGAGUCGUCCAUUAAAUCGAUAGUAAGAAAAUUUCCCAACAUCGACGUCAAAGGAUUACAGACUAUUACCAAUCUCCGCAAUGAAAUCAUCAAGUCUCUGUCCCUCUAUUACUACACUUUCGUUGAUCUUCUAGACUUCAAAGAUAACGUGUGUGAAUUGUUGACGACGAUGGAUGCCUGCGGAGUACACAUGGAUAUAACAAUUAAUUUUGAUCUUACCAAGGGUUAUUUGGACCUUGUGGUAACAUACGUUAGUCUCAUGAUACUGCUUUCUAAGGUAGAAGAUCGCAAAGCAGUUUUGGGCCUAUUCAACGCCGCUCACGAAAUGGUACAUAGUCAGUCGGAUUCAAGUUUUCCUCGUUUGGGACAGAUGAUCAUGGAUUAUGAUGCUCCAUUGAAAAAACUUUCGGAAGAAUUUGUACCACACUCCAAACUUUUGAGAAACGCUUUGGCAUCCCUGUGGCCAGUCUAUCCUGGGAGAAAUUUGUCUGCGGACACUUGGAGAGCGGAUCAAAAGCUAAGUUUGAUCGGUAGUCCGGGACAGAUUCUCAAGGCAGCCGCCACUGAGACAAUGUCCUGUGAAACUUUGAGCCUCGACAGAAUCGAGCGCUGGAUCAUCCUUGGUUUCACCUUGUGCCACUCAUUCCUGAGCCAAGAACAACCGAACAAACUUUGGACCACAGCUCUCGAGUCAGGAUGGGUAUUGGCGCUCUUUCGUGACGAAGUUAUUUACAUUCAUCAAUACAUUCAGACUUUCUUCGAAGGAAUAAAGGGUUAUGGAAAACGUGUUUCCGAGGUGAAGGAUUGCUAUAAUCAGGCUGUACAAAAAGCAGCUUUCAGGCAUAGAGAGAGAAGAAAAUUUUUGCGCAACGCUCUGAAAGAAUUGGGCCUUAUAAUGACCGAUCAACCUGGUCUUCUGGGUCCCAAGGCAUUGCUUGUACUAAUGGGACUUUCUCACGCACGUGAUGAGGUUCUCUGGCUUUUGAGACACGGUGAUAACCCACCGUCGCAGGGUAAAGCCAAAGGCAAAGCUAGCGAGGAUUUGGUCGAUCGUCAAUUACCCGAAUUGCUAUUUCACUGCGAAGAAUUGCGCGCUCUAGUUCGCAAAUAUUCGCAAGUACUGCAGCGCUACUAUGUGCAAUUUUUGUCGGGCUUUGAUGCACCUUCGCUUCAUCAAAUGAUACAAAACUUACCGGUUUGUCCGGAAGAGGAAGGCGCGAUUCUGAGCGAUUUGUGUUCGGCAAUCGCCAACGUAAACGUAAAGCAGGUCGAGGAGAACGAGAUGUUUGAUUUUCGAGCGUUUCGUCUCGAUUGGUUCCGCUUACAGGCUUACAUGUCGAUAGCUAAAUCAAACAUGAAUCUCGUUGAUAAUCGCGAACUUGCCGCUUUCAUGGACACCGUUAUAUUUCACACAAAAAUGGUUGAUAACCUCGAUGAGAUGCUCGUAGAAACUUCCGACUUGUCGAUAUUUUGCUUUUAUAGUAAAAUAUUUGAGGAUCAGUUUCACAUGUGUCUCGAAUUCCCAGCGCAAAACCGUUACAUCGUUGCUUUUCCGCUUUUGUGCAGUCACUUCCAAAGUUGUACACACGAGCUUUGCCCGGAAGAACGUCACCAUAUAAGGGAGAGAAGUUUGUCAGUAGUAAAUAUGUUUCUCGAUGAAAUGGCGAAGGAAGCAAAAAACAUAAUAACAGCAAUAUGCGAUCAACAGUGCAAUAUGAGCGAUAGUUUAUUACCGAAAUAUUGCGCUCAAUUGAUAUCUCAAGUUGUUAACCGCAAGAAGAAAGACAAAAACAAGAAAAAUACGAUUGAGAUACACAAACCUGGUAUCGAGAGUUAUCGUAAAACCCGUGAAGUUUUGACAACAAUGGACAAACUUCACAUGGCUCUUACCGAGUCGUGUUACGCUAUUAAUUAUUGUCCGACGAUCAACGUUUGGGAAUAUACGUUUGCACCGAGGGAAUAUUUACACCAGCAUCUUGAGACGAGAUUCGCGAGAGCUCUCGUUGGUAUGGUUAUGUUUUCUCCGGAGUCGAGCGAAAUAGCCAAGCCCUCGGAACUUUUUGUGAGUGUGCGUGCUUACAUGAAUGUAUUGCAAACCGUUGAGAAUUAUGUUCAUAUUGAUAUAACACGUGUAUUUAACAAUGCGUUGCUUCAACAAACGCAAUCACUGGACAGUCACGGUGACAAGACAAUAGCCGCUCUGUACACUCAAUGGUACUCGGAGGUACUCCUUAGACGCGUUAGCGCCGGUAAUAUUUGUUAUUCCGGCAAUCAACGAGCAUUCGUGAGCCUGUCAGCUGAGAGUUCGAUUCCCUUCAACGCGGAGGAAUUUUCGGACAUAAACGAGCUUCGAGCAUUGGCCGAAUUGAUCGGACCCUAUGGAAUGAAGAUGCUCAACGAAACUCUCAUGUGGCACAUCGCCAGUCAGGUACAAGAAUUGAAGAAACUCGUUGCUGGCAACAAAGACGUUCUUGUUGCACUUAGAACUAAUUUUGACAAACCGGAAGUGAUGAAGGAACAAUUCAAGCGGCUUCAGCAGGUCGAUAAUGUUUUGCAACGCGUUACGAUAAUCGGUGUGAUACUGAGCUUCCGACAGUUGUCCCAGUCAGCACUCGUCGAUGUCCUCGAAGAGAGAAUACCAUUUCUACUGAGUUCCAUACUCGACAUAAGACAUCAUCUCCCCUCGGGUGAUCCGAUGCGCGUAGUUUCCGAAAUGACAUCCGCCGCAGGUCUCACUUGCAAAGUCGAUCCUACAUUAACCGCUGCUUUGAGAACACAGAAAGCUGAAGUCGACGAGGACGAACAUUUGCUCGUUUGUCUUCUCAUGGUAUUCGUCGCAGUCUCGAUACCGAAAUUGGCACGCAAUGAAAACUCAUUCUACAGAGCUUCCCUCGAGGGUCACUCCAACAAUAUACACUGUAUGGCAACAGCUAUAAACAAUAUUUUCGGAGCUCUUUUCACGAUCUGUGGACAAAAUGACAUUGAGGAUAGAAUGAAGGAAUUUUUGGCUCUCGCCUCUUCGAGCCUUUUGCGCUUGGGACAAGAGGCUGACAAAGAAGCUACGAGGAAUCGUGAAUCCGUUUAUCUGCUGCUCGAUCAAAUUGUUCAGGAAUCGCCUUUCCUGACGAUGGAUCUUCUCGAGAGCUGCUUCCCAUACGCUCUUAUACGGAAUGCCUAUCACGAUGUUUACAAACUCGAGCAUUCCCAGUCAUGAGCGAGCUAAGACGAUUCGACGUCAAUGUCGCUGACGUUUGCAACGUUCGAGUUCAACGAAAUGAUCCAAAAAAACCCUGUAAUUCUCUAAUUUCGUUGGAGGCUUUUUUUCGUUCACUUCGUUGGACUCGAACGUUGCAAACUCCAGUGUCGUUCGACGUGAGCACUAUCUCCGUUUUUUAAGUAACCCUUUUGAAGGGUUUACCGUCCCCAAAGCAAAAACGCAAUGGACAUCCGAACAGAGAGAUGCGAGCAUCAGAUUCUGAUGAAUCAUUAGGCAUGUCAUUAAAUAAAUAUAAGCAUUGAUGCAUUUUAGUUUAAUAAACUUAUUGUGAACGUAGAAAUUCAUUAGAUUAUUUUUUUUUUAUUUUGCUUUCGUAUAUUUCACUUGAAUUUUCGGAAUCUGAAGGUUCAUUUUACGAAUCACUUCUUUUUUUUUCUUCGAUGAAAAAAAGGAUUGAACUAUUCGGAGAGCAUUUAUAUAAUUCUGGGAGAUCCUUAGAGGGAUCGAUGUGGCUCAAUAUGUAGAACGUUGACUAUUUCUACCAACGCGACGACUACUUAAGAAUCAUUAUCAAUAGUCAAUGUGUUGAUAUUUAUUUUUCUUGAUAAAUACUUGUAAUUAUUUUUUCUCGCCGAUUUAUUCCAAGUGAUUGUUCUAUUCGAACGGUGCGCAUUCAAUUCCAGACGAAUUUACCAAGCUAAAAAGCCAAUGUUUGAUCAAGCUCUCACGUUGAUAGCUCAUGAUCUUUUCUCAUGCAUUUCAUAGAGCUAAAUCCAUUAGUUUUCUUUUAGGCUAAUUAUAAUGUAUGAUUGAUUCAUUAUGACUUGAACGACGUAUCUUUCUUUUUCGUAACGCGUUUUAUCAAUGCCCAAAGACACUCGUUAUUAUAAACACGCAAUGUGAGGCAUGUUAGAGUAUUAUAUUUUAUUAUUUCGUUAUUCGAUAUGCAAUUUCAUUAUAAACUUCUAUUUCUCAUGCCCUGUCAUCUUCCCUCCCUCUAUUAAAAUUUUUCACGUUUCAACAAUGUCAACCCAUAAAAUCAUCUACUUUAUCAUGUAGUCUCGAAAUGUAUCGAUUUUUAGCUACGAUUUUUAUAUCAUGUAAAUUACAACUAUUUUACAAUAGUUUAUACAAUAAAUAAAGAUGUCCAUCCGACCGACUA